AUGCCGCCGCAUCUCCACCCCCGCUCGCGGUCUACCACCGGCCUUUUCGCCGGCACUCUCCUCGCAGGCCUCCUGGUCGUUGGCAUGCCACACGUCUUCCCUUGCCCGGCCCCUCGACGCACAUUCGCCGACUCAGAGAUGACAAUCACACCUGACGGUCAACAAUUACCACGCAUUCGCCGUCGGAGGCGGAAAGAUGUCGAAAUGGACGCGGAAUCUGCCCACCCUGUUCUCCCGACUUCCUCCGGCCCCAUGCCCGUGGAUGAGGAGGUCACUACGUUCUUCCAGAUGGAAGCGGAGGCGCAGAAGUUGACACAAGCGAAUCACGAAUGUCCUAUCCCGAAACCAAAGGGCAUGAUCGGCGAACUGCUGGGAUUCCGCAAUGCUCAGGGAGACCAGCAGCGCUAG